GCCGAUUGGUCGGCGGUGGGAGUUUGUUUUCCCGGGGAAGGGGAAGUUUCAGAUUGACCGUUCGUUCGGACAACCCUCUUUUCCCCCCUCGGUUUUCAGUUCCUGGUUUAAACCAUGGAUGAAAAUUUUCCUGUAUUUCCAGAGGCUAAUGCUGAAAUCCAGGAAGAGAAAUGCAAGAGAAGACAAUCAGGUAUUUUGAAAGUUUCAAGGAGCCCGCUUCGAACUUUGAAAGAAGCUGAUAUCAGCCAGAAGAUGGAGCCUGUGGGAAAACUUCGCAGGAGCUCUCGAAGAGUCAGCUUUGCAGAGACCAAAGAAGUCAAGGAGUUUGUGACUGAUAAAAUGAUGAUGAUAAUGCAAGAUGUGGAAAAUGGAAAAGACAGCCUAAAGGAGAACCAGUCAGCUGAGUUAGAAAGGGACUUGAUGCCACAAAAUACAAAUUACAGCAUUGCUGGAAUGGAUGCACUACUUCAUGCACCUCUCCGAAUCCCAUUGCAACAAAUUGAGCACUGUGAACAUAUUAAGACUGUCAGUAAACAUCAAAACUUCCCUAUUUCUGGAGUUGUAAUACAAGGAGAUCUUGAAGAGACAGUCCAGUCUUCUGCAAUUACAGCUGUAACUACACAUUCUCAGAAAAUUGACUUCAAGUCUUUUUUGGCUGGAAUUGAUUCUACAGAACCAGUGCAUACCACUGUGUGUUUUGACACUGAGAAUGAGAAUGCUAAUAAGUUCUUCAGCUCUACCAGACAAAAUGAGGUUCCUAAACAGCAAAAGACAAUAGAUUUUAAAACAUUCUUAAAUAGCAUAAAGCAGAGUGACACAGACCAAAAUAAAAUGACAUCAAUGACUUCCAUUUUUGAGGAACAGAUCAUGAAACAGAAAGACAUUAGUGUUCUUUCAGCUUGUGGAACAGUUAAAAAUGUUGGGACAACAAAGGACUUAAUGAAAAUUAAUUCUAAUAACAAUUUAGAUUCAAACAAAACUGUGCUGUUUCUAGACCAAGACAACGAUAUGGAGCUUACUAGAAGUCAUACUGUUGCUAUUAACCAUUUUGCUUUGGGAAAUGUUACCACUCUUCAUUCAACAACAGUCUCUAACAAUGUAGAGGGCGUAGGUACUGAAAGUUCAACUCAUUCUCCCUUUUCUCAAUAUAAAACUGUUUCACCUUCUGUAGAAGAUGAUAUGGAUAUGACCAGAUGUCAUACUGCAUCUAUUGACGUCAGGAAGGUAGAACUCCUCACAAAUCAAAAUCAACUGGCAGCUGUCUCAAUUCAAAAAGAAGAUAAAUCAAUAAUGCCCUCCUUUACUCCUCAUGAAGACAAAUUAUUCUCUGACAACAGAUGUUGUAGCAAGAUUGAUCAAAGUGAGGCUUUAGUUACAAGUAAACUGAGCUCCAAAUCUGUGCCUGAUCUGUCAUCUUUUCCCAGUGAUAAGACCAUCAUAUUUUCAGAAGCAAAUGACAUGGAUAUAACCAAAAGUCACUUAGUCACAAUUGACAGUGGAAGUCUUGGGCGAGUUGGAAAUGAAGUGAAGGGUUCAGAUAAAUAUACUUUGAGACAAAGUACUGCUGGAUCUGUUUUGUCAUUCUUUCCAAAUGAUGAGACAAUGGUAUUUUCAGAAGCAAAUGAUAUGGAUAUAACUAAAAGCCAUACAGUCACAAUUGAUGAUAAAAUCACUGGACAAGUUGCAAGUGAAGUAUUGGGUUUUACGAGAAUGACCUCUGGGCUGACUUUACCUGGAUCAAUACUGCCACCUUUUUCCAAUGAUAAGACUGUGGUAUUUUCAGAAGCAAAUGAUAUGGAUACAACUAAAAGCCAUACCAUCACAAUUGACAAUGGAAGCAUUGAUCGAGUAGAAAAUGAAACAUCAGCUUCAACAAAAUUGAUUUCAAGGUGGAGUACUGUCGGGUCUUUAUCGUCACAUUUUCCCAGUGACAAGACAAUAUUAUUUUCAGAAGCAAAUGAUAUGGACUUAACGAAAAGUCAUUCAGUUCCAAUUGACAAUGGAAAAUUUGGUGCAAAUGCAAAUUGGACAGUGGGUUCAAAUUCUUUCUUUCCAAGUGAUAGAACUGUGGUAUUUUCUGACGCAAACGAUAUGGACAUAACAAAAAGUCAUACAAUUCAAAUUGACAGUGAAAAUGCUAGACAAAUUACAGCUGGAACAUUGGUUCCGAAGAAACUGUCCUUGAGAUACAGCACUGUUGCAUCUGUUCUGUCAUCUUUUCCCAAUGAUAAGACAGUAGUAUUUUCAGAAGCAAAUGAUAUGGACAUAACCAAAAGUCAUACAGUUGCAAUUGAGAGUGAAAACCUUGGGCCUGUUGCAAGGCCUAUAGUGGGUCCAGAUAAAAAGAUUUGCAUUGAGAAUGCAACCGUGCCUAUACUGUCCAGUUUUCCCAACGAUAAGACUCUGGUAUUUUCAGAAGCAAAUGAUAUGGACAUGACUAAAAGUCAUACCGUCACAAUUGACAAUGGAAACCUUGGGCAAGUUAGAAAUGAAGCAUUAGCGUUUACUAGAAUGUCUUCCAAGCACUCUGUCCCUGAGUCUGCAGCAUCCAUUCACAGUAAUAGAUCUAUUGUGUUUUCAAAAGCAAAUGAUAUGGAUAUAACAAAAAGCCACACUGUUGCGAUUGAGAGUGGAAAUCUUCGACUCAUUCCAAAUGAAGCAUUGGGAUCAAUGAAGCUCACUUGUGUUGAGAAUACUGCUCCAUGUGCUCAACCAUCUUUUUCCAGCAAAGCAACCCUUGGGUUUUCAGAAACAACUGACAUGGACCUAACCAAAAGUCAUACAGCCAUAAUCGAGAGUAAAAACCUUGGCCUUGUUGCAAGGAUCAUAGAGAAACCAGAUAAAAAGAUUUGUGUUGAAAAUGCAUCCGUCCCUGUUCUAUCCUCUUUUCCCAAUGAUAAGACCUUGGUAUUUUCAGAAGCAAAUGAUAUGGACAUAACUAAAAGCCAUACUGUUACAAUUAAUGGAGAAGACGUUGGGCAAGUUACAAAUGAAGCAUUGGGCUUUCGAAGAAUGACCUCUAAACACGGUGUGCCUCGAUCUAUAUCAUCGUUUCUCAGUGAUAAAACUGUCGUCUUUUCAGAAGCAAAUGACAUGGACAUUACCAAAAGUCAUACAGUUGCAAUUGAGAGUGAAAACUUGGGGCCCAUUGCAAGACAUACAGAGGGUUCAGAUAAAAAGGCUUCCAUUGGGAAUGCAUCCAUGUCUGUUCUGUCAUCUUUUCCUAAUGACAAGACUUUGGUAUUUUCAGAAGCAAACGACAUGGACAUAACUAAAAGCCAUAUUGUUACAAUUAAUGGAGGAAACCUUGGGCCUGUUGUAAAUUGGACAGAAAGUUUAUGUACAUCUUUUCCUCGUGAUAAGACAUUAAUAUUUUCUGACACAAAUGAUAUGGACAUCACAAAAAGCCAUACAGUUCCAAUUAUCAGUGGCAAUAUUGGGAAAGUUAGAAAUGAAGAUUUGAGUUUACCUAAAGUGAUUCCCAAGUUGACAGAUGCUGGCUCUUCUCUAUCAUCCUUUCCCAGGGAUAAAUUCACAGGGUCUCCAGGAGCAAAAGAUAUGGACAUUACCAAAAGUCAGAUAGUUGCAAUUGAGAGUGAAAACCUUGGGCCUGUUGCAAGGCCUAUAGUGGGUCCAGAUAAAAAGCUUUGCAUUGGAAAUGCAUCCACGCCUAGUCUGUCCACUUUUCCCAAUGAUAAGACUCUGGUAUUUUCGGAAGCAAAUGAUAUGGACAUAACUAAAAGCCAUACUGUUACAAUUAAUGGAGGAGGUCUUGGACAAGUUACAAAUGAAGCAUUAGGUUUUCGAAGAAUGACCUCUAAACACCAUGUGCCUAAGUCUAUAUCAUCUUUUUGCAGUGAUAAGACUGUUGUCUUUUCAGAAGCAAAUGAUAUGGACAUUACCAAAAGUCAUACAGUUGCAAUUGAGAGUGAAAAUCUGGGGCACGUUGCAAGACAUACAGUGGGAUCAGCUAAAAAGACUUCUGUUGGGAAUGCCUCUAUCUCUGUUCUGUCAUCUUUUCCGAACAAUAAAAUGUUGGCAUUUUCAGAAGCAAAUGACAUAGACAUAACUAAAAGCCAUACAGUUCCAGUUGUCAGUGGAAGUAUUGGGGAAGUUAGAAAUGAAGAUUUGAGUUUGCCGAGAAUGAUUCCCAAGCUGAUGGAUGCUGGCUCUCCUCCAUUAUCUUUUCCCAGGGAUAAAUUCACGAGGUCUUCAGAAGCCAACAAUAUGGACAUAACCAAAAACCAUACAGUUGCUGCUGAGUGUGAUGGAUUUGUAUCAGCCAUAAGUGAAUCAUUAGGUUCAGAUAACAUGACUUCCAGAUUUACUGCUCAUGGGUCUGUUUUGCCACCAUUCCCCAAAGAUAAGAUUACAGUAUCUGAACAAGUUACACCAGUUAGAGAAAUUGGUGGCGUGUCCAUUUCCAGUAAGUGUGGUGUUUCCAGUAAUCACCAACUUUCCCAGGUGGAGCUUGAAAAAAGGCAGAAAUGUUCUGGUAACCUUUCAAGCAAUGUGAAAUUUGUCAACAUACAAACCACAGUCGAAAACACUGCGUGUAAUGUUAAUCAAGCUGUUCAUACAGUUGGUACUUCUGAUCCUUUAUCCAGGAGCGUGGAAAUCACUGUUCUAAAUACAGAAGGCAAGACAGAGGAAGAUGGAGAAUGUGUCAGUUCAAUGUGUGUAAAUGAAAAGCUGAAUAGGAAAGAAAUCAAAGAAUCUGUAUUGAGCAAGGGGAACUCUUUGGAUCCUAUCCUGAAAGGUAACAAUGACCUUGAAGCUCAGGAAAUAUUGUGUCAGAUCAAUCAAAGUAGGGAGGCAGCUUCUGAAGAAUUAGUCAGGCAUCAAGUUAGUGAUACCCAAACUGGAAAUAUUAUGACUGAUAUAAUUGAAUAUGAAAAUACAGCCAAUAAACAUAUGGGACAUAAUCAAUCCAGAAAGUCCAGUCUUGCUAAUAUGCAAUCACUUCAAACAUUGAAUACUGUGACCAAUGUAACUUACGACUCUGUAUCAGAAAGGCCUCCAGUGGGUGAAAAAGGUUCUACAAAUUAUCAAACCUUGGAUGCAAAGUCACGACUCUUAAAGCAAAGUUCACUUAUUAACAGCACAUUUAAAUACAACCUUUCUCUAGGAAUCUUCCCUCCUAAAUUACCUAUUAGAGAGAAUUUAUACAAAACUGUAAGUUCAAAUCAUCAGUAUGUAACAAAAUCAUUCGGAGAUCAUCUUGGCUCUGACUCACUUCUGAGUACCAUGUAUAAAUCAAACAAAUUUGAAGCGGAUUCAGAUAAAUUAAGACUUAAUAUUGACCUAAAAACAAAUCCAGAUAUUCAGAACAAAAGCCAAAUAACUGAUCAUGACCACAUAGAAAAAAUAUUUGAUCAAUCUGAACCAUCUCUGUCCUUGAAGUCCCCUGAUCUGACCUGCCUCGACAUCUCUGAACAACUUGGAAAAGAAGCUUCAGCUUCUUCUGAACAGAAUGAGAAUGUUGUAAGUUCUCAAGGUGAUGCUCUUGGAGGUUUGAAAAUGAUGAAAUCAGUAGAAGAAAAGCUUUACCAUAAACGAUCAUGGAGCGAAGUGGAGGAAAACAGAAAUUCGUGCAGCAAAAAGAAAAUGAGAAAUUUGGGUCCGGAAGAUACUGAUUCUUCAAGCCAAAAGGCCAACAAUGCUCCUGUUGUGCAAUGGGAAGGCAUGGAUCAUAAAGUCGUGGAAGAGAACCAACUCAGUAUGACGACAAAAAGCCUGGAUAGUAAUAGUUCCUUAGAUUCAACCAAAGGAGAUGGAGCCUCUGCAGAUGUUGCCAAUUCAAAGUGUAACCUGAAUACAUCCCUAGUGAUUUUAGAAGAAUCUGAGUUACAUGAGAAAUUAAUGGAUGGCCAGAUCACAGUCCGAGAAUUUUUCAAACUUUUGAAAGUUCAAACCCAUGCACAGAAAUCUCGCCAGAGUGAACUACAUGUUAAUGUUGAAUUGGACAAGUCUUCAACUGUCGAAAAUUGGCUGGCAGUGAAGUUUGUUCACCGGCCAAAACGGGAAGUCUAUGAAGAGGAUAGCUGUGCUCUCUCUGCAGCCAUAGCUGAACUGAAGGAUCAGUUGUUAGACCUUGAUAAACUUCUGUCAGAGGUGAAUCCUUCUCUUUGGAAAGAUGUGAUGGAAAUGACAGAAGAGGAGUUGCGACAGUUUCGUUCUUGCCUGAAUGCCAAGAAAUCUAUUUUUGUGAAAAAAACCAAAGCAAUCUGCCAUGAACAAAAGGUUGAGCUGUAUUCAGCACAGCUGAAUAUGUUCAAGGAACAGCGUCAACAGAGAAAUGAAUAUGAGGCUUAUUUGGAUGAUAUGUUACACAAGAUGGAUGAUUGCCUUGCAUCAUUAGAUCUUGCAAAUUUAGAUCAUCUGGGUGAGAGCAGUGCCGAUGUCAUUGACAAUGAUGAUAGUAUUACACAGCUGGAGCAAACUGUGCAUGACAGACAUGAGGAGCUGAAGAAACUUCAAGCAGAAUACUGUGAAGUGGAAAGUCAACUCGCCAAAGUUCUUAAUGAAAAAGAACUACAGGAAAAGGCUGCCAAUAUGUGGGAUCUAAAAGAAGAGUUCCAGGAGCUGUUAGAGUGGACAUUAUGCCUCUGCCAGGAUGAACAGGCUGUUUAUACAUUUCUAUACGACUCCCUGGAGCUCACUUUGAAGUUUGGUGAGCCUGUGUUGGUUGAUCUUUCUUCUGGUGCAAAGUGUAAGAGAAUCCUAGAUAUUAAUCUUGUAUCUGCUUUGGAUGAGGAUGAGGCUCCACUGCAUUCAAAGCUUGUUCAUGAGUUAAUUAUGACCUACUGGAAGAGUCAAGACAGUUGGCAAGAUGUAUACACAAAUGAAUUGCAGCUCCCCAUGCUCUUGCUUGACGUUUCAUUAGUGGUGAGUCGAUGUCGGUUGCUUGGUGAUGAGCUGGAAUAUUUGAUGAACUGGGGAUCAAAAUUUGACAUUCUGAAGACAGAGGUUCAAAACCUGGAUGUGAAGUGUCUUUUCUCAAGUUAUGAUGCACUAUCGAAAUUUGAACUUACAUUUCAUAUCAAGCCAGGUUAUCCAUGGCACCUAGCGCAGUUCACAUUUAAUUCUUGGUUUGGAAACAUCAGUGGUGAACAUAUCAAUGAAGUCUUCCUGACAGUAAAACCAGGACCCAAGUACCUGACCAAGAUUGUGAAGAGUCUCUACUUGACAUUGCUCGUCAAACCAGGAGCUAAUAGAUUCCGGUUACAGCAUUCAUCUCCAUAACUAUGACAAAGUGUGUGCAUUCAGCCAUCCUUCCCAAUCAAAUCUGGAGAGACACCAAUCGGUCCUGUCUGUACAGUGGAACUUUUGAUGAGCUUUGUACAGGAACUGGUUUGAAUCCAACUUUAAUUGAAGAGAUGCAUGGAGCCUAUUUAAAUUUCAGCAUGACAAUUUGAAGUGGCCAUGGGCUACAUAAUAUCUCCCUGAAGAGUUGGCCAUUUUGUCCUGAAAAACUAUGGAUGGCUUCACUGACAUGUAAUAUAAUAACUGCUUUUCUGGGUUAGGUGUUUAAUUAUAGUGCAUUUUUUUCUCUUGCUACUCUGGUAUAAGUGAUAUUUAUAAUUUUAUUUAGACAUACUAAUAUAAAGUAGGUGGUGUCAGUACAGAGUACAAGGAGACUUGCUUUGUAACACAACUUCCAGAAUGAGUGAUAAUUGCUCAAUUUUCUAGAAUUAAUUCUUUCACCUAGAAUACCACAAAUAUAUACUAUUGCUCUGCCAUUAAGAGUGUGAAGUAUUGGUGCCGUAAUUUCUGUAUCUUGUAAUGUAAUUAAAAAUUUGUAUGUCAGCUACUGAUCCUGAUACUUGAACUUUCAAAUUCACCAGGUAGCACAAUCCAUGUAAUGUGGUAGACAUUGAGAGAAGUAACUACUUAGACUGUACAUUAGUGUUGCAGUGAUGAAUAUUGCAAGCACAUUGGCAGAAAUCCCUUCUUCAAAUAUUAUACCAAUUUGAAUCUGCAGUGUCUCUAUUAAUAUGUCAUCUGAAGUUGCCAUACAGCACUGUACUGAAGUGUUUGCAGUUAUUACUUUUGCAUGUCCUUGAAUGACAUUUGAACAAGUGACUUUCUGACUGCGGGAUGAGUAUGCUGCCCAAACGAACCAAACUAACAAUGACAUAAUAUUAUGAAACUUUCAACAAAAUGGUGACCAAAUCAAUGUUUCAGGAGAGAAUUUGAAUCAUGUCAUUGGUUCCAUGUUAUAAGCCUCUUGCUAACUUUUUGAUCUGUUGUUUUUCCUUUAAUAGUUUACAUAUCUGUCUUUUCAUUGGUAGCUUUCUGUUGUGAUUUGCGACUCAUUCUUGGCUUAAAUGUCAUUUAUGACAAAUUUUGAAUGGGAAGAUUGUGCGCUAAAUGCGGACUAUUUUUGAUAAUCCAUGAUUUUUGUCAGGAAGAAAGAAACUGACAGGCCUGGGCUCUCUUCUCUGUAAUAAAAGCUUUGAGGAGUGACCUAAUAAAAAAAUCUUCCAAAUUCUGAAAGGGUCCGCUAGGAUGGAUAUGGAGAAAAUUAUUUUUCUACUUCCUAUUUUGUCAACCCAAAAUAAGGGAUCAUGAUUCCUAAUUAAGUUGUCAUAAUUAUCAUCAUUUAUUCAGAGAUAUGCACAAAUCACUAACAUGUCGGGUGUUCGGGGUGAAGACUGUAAGAGGCAUUUAAAAAGAAGCUAGGUAGGUACUCAAGGCAAGAGAAACUGCAUGCUUGUAGAGGUGAAACACUGGCACAGGCUUGUAGGGCUGAAUAGUUUGUCUGUGCUGUACAUAUAUAAAUAUGAAUGAUAACAGUUGAUGCUUUCUAUCUUCCUGCAUUUCUAAUUCUUCAAUACACAGCUAGCUAUUUUAUAAAUUAGUUGAAUUUUUAAUUGCUAGCAAUCUCCUCUUCAAAGCUGAUUCAAUCUAAUCAGUAUUUCUGCUGGUACUCCAUGGGGUUCUGUCACAAGUUAGUAAUCUCAAUUUAUCGUCUUUAUUUUACUUUCUUUUAUAUAUGUGGCUUUGUAAAGAGAAAGAAAGCUUGAUCAGCAUCCUGGUAACCAUGCAUUUUUUGAAGGGAAACGUACACUCAGUACUGUGGCACAUUUUGAGCUAUUCCAAAGUGCUUCAUAUGCAAUGAAUUAUGUCUGAUGUGAAAUCAUUGUUGUUAAGUAGCAGCCAAAUGCAGCAACCAAGUUGAAUUCUGCCAAGUCUCAAACAGAAAAUAAGAUAAAACUUUGUGUAGUUUUCCCAAUCUACCACACCCAACUUUACCCUCAUGCUUUUGUUGUUUCCAUUGUUUAGAUUUAAGUUUCAAAUUGAACUGCAUCAAACAUAAUGUAAAAUUCUACCAUAUUGUGGUCAUUCUUCCCAUAAGAUUGUUUUACAAUAGGAUUAUUAACUUUUUUCUAGUUGCAUUAUACUACAUCCAAAAUAGCCUAUUCUCUAGUUAGCUCAACAUGCUGUUCUGAGAAAUCACCCUGUAUACAUUACAUGAUUUUGUCCUCUACAACAUUUGAACUAAUUGGUUUACCGAGCCUAUGUUUUCAGUUAAGAUCCCCUGCUCAAAGUAUUACCCUUGUUUUCGAUGGUGGGAAUAAAUGGCUCUUUUUCUGUUUGCAGACAAUGACCUCCAGGAUUCACCUAUUCACAAUUUAUAUAAAUGACUUGGAUGGGGAAACAAGUACAUUACCAAAUUUGCUAAUGACACAAGAUUAAGUGUGAUUGUGUGUUGUGAGGAAGAUGCAAGAAGGAUUUGGAGGCUGUAGAGAAGUUUGGUUCACACAUCAUUAUGAAAACAGGGAGAGACCAUAUAGAUUAUCCUAAAUUAGGAAGUGUGGAUCUACAAAGAAAUUAGGGUGACUUGUACAUCUAUUAAUGAAAGUCUAUGGGCAGAUGCAGCAACCAAUUAAGAAAGUAAAUGGUAUAUAGGCCUUCAUUGUAAGAGGAUUUGAGUUGAGUAAUAGACAUGUCUUACUGGAGUUUAUGCAGGGCCUUAAUGUGACUGCAUCUGAAGAACUGAGUGCAAUUUCCCUAUAAGUUUUGGUCUCCCUGUCUCAGAGAGGAUAUAUUUGCCAUAGAGUAAGCAUGAUGAAGUGCUUUUUUAUGAAAAGUGAUUGGUUCGAAAUUCACUAAAGUUUAGAAGAAUGAGACAGGAUCUGAUUGAAAUAUUUAUUUUAAAAAAAACUAACCAGGCCAAAUAGAUUAGAACAAGAAGGAUAUUUCCCUUGUGCAGUGAGUCAAGGAUACAAGGUUGACUAUUUAGGACAGAUGAGGAAACAUUUCACUGAGGGUGGUCAACUUGUGAAAUUUGCUCCUGCAAAGUUGUGGGAGUCAGGUCAAGAGAAUGAUUUAUUUUUUGGAUGUUAAGGAUAUUUUAAAGGGGAGAGAAAGUGGGAGCAUGGCAUUGAGUUAGAAGAUCAGCCAUGAUUGUAUUGAAUGGUGGAGAAGGCUCUAACGGCCAAUUGGCAUACAACUGCUCCUAGUUUUCAUGCGCCUGUAUCUUCUUUAUGUACCUGAACAGCAAACAGGGAAAGAAGUUUCAUGUGGGAGUAGUUUAUCAGCCCUUUAACAGUAGCAAUCAUGUAGGACUGGUAUUAAUCAAGAAAUAAUGAGACCCCCUAAAAAUGGAGUUGCAAUGAUUGAGAGAUUUUAAUGUAAUCAAAUUGGUAAAAGCAGCCUUAUGAAUAGAAUGUAGAGUUUGUUCAGACUUGUUUCUUCAAACAGUACAUUCUAGAACCAAUUAAUAUCAUAUGUUAGGCUAAGUCCCACAAAGAGUUAACUGUUAGAGGGGAGAAAAUGGCUACACGCAUGACUACAGAGGCUGAGAAAGUAGCAUGGACAGAGCUAAUGUAAGGGAAUGUUCUUGCAACUGUAAAUACAUUAUAAUAAAGUUAUUGUUUUUUAAACUA